AUCCUUCAAAUAGCUAACACGGGGAAACCCUAAUAUUGUUCGUGAACGUCCGUCGGUAGCUUCCGAAUCCAUCACAGAGAAAGCCGUCGUUUUCGAGUAGUAGAGCAAUGGCGGAACACUUGGCGUCGAUAUUCGGAACGGAAAAGGAUAGGGUGAACUGCCCGUUCUACUUCAAGAUAGGCGCUUGCCGUCAUGGAGACCGCUGCUCGCGCCUUCACACCAAGCCUAGCAUCAGCCCCACCAUCCUCCUCUCAAAUAUGUAUCAACGCCCCGACAUGAUAACCCCCGGCGUUGAUCCCCAAGGUCAACCUCUUGAUCCCCGCAAGAUCCAGACCCACUUCGAGGACUUCUAUGAGGAUUUGUUCGAGGAACUCAGUAAGUACGGUGAGAUUGAGAAUCUCAAUAUCUGUGAUAAUUUAGCGGACCACAUGGUUGGUAACGUGUAUGUUCAAUUCAGAGAGGAAGAUCAUGCUGCAAAAGCUCUUCAGAAUCUUUCAGGAAGGUUUUAUGCCGGGCGUCCCAUUAUUGUUGACUUCUCUCCAGUAACUGACUUUCGUGAAGCCACUUGUAGACAGUAUGAGGAAAAUGUAUGCAAUCGAGGUGGCUACUGCAACUUCAUGCAUCUUAAAAAGAUAAACCGAGAUCUGAGGCGGCAGUUAUUUGGAAAGAGCAGGAGAAGACGCAGUCAUAGCAGAAGCCGUAGCCCACAUGGACGUCGUGGUCACGAAGAACAGACUAGCCAUGGAUAUCAUAGGAGAGGUGAUCAUCGUCACCAUGAUAGGGGACGGAGACCUAGAAGCAGAAGCCCAGGAAGAAGAGGUGGACAAAGUCGAAGUCCUUCAGGGAGGAGAAAUAGGAGUCCAGGUAGGGAAGGCAGUGCCGAGAGAACGGCAAAGAUUGAACAAUGGAAUAGGGAGAGAGAACAUCAUGACUCUGGAAAGAAUGAGUAUACUGGCAUGACAAGGGAGGGCAGUGCUGAGAGAAGGGCAAAAAUUGAGCAGUGGAAUAGAGAAAAAGAAAUUAGAGAUUCUUCUAUAAACAAUGAAUUCGGAACAUUUGAAACCUCUGAGAGAAAUGGGUCUGAGCACAACUACCAAGGAAAAGCUUAUGAUGAUUACCAGCGGCAGCAAUAGUUUGGGGAUGGAAGUUACAUUUUCCUGGUGGAGUACAGGUCCACUGACUUGUGAUAUUGAAUAAAGCAAACCUUCUUUAUACUUCUUCUACAUAGUAAAGAGCCUGAACAUAAUUUAAAAUUGGUUUUUUCUUUUUUUUUUGGGGGGGGAGGGGGUUCCAUGCAAACAAAUCUUGGAAGUUUAGCCAAUUUAUCUUCUCCAAUUAACUUUAGCCUGCAAAUCUUUCAAAAAUUAUGCAAGUGUAAUAGAACCAUUCCACCUCCAAUUAACCUUAGUGGCUAAAAAAUUGAUUCUUGUGCAUAUCUCUUCUCAUGAUUAUUGAUUUGGUACAAAAUCACAUUUCUACUCUUAAUUUUGUGAGAGGGAUAGAGGACACAUUUUUCCUUUUUUGUGUCAAAUAUCACUAAACAAGGGUAUGUUUGAGAGCUAGAUAUUGGUGGUGAGUCUAUUUUUUAAUUUUGCUCGGGCUGGAUUCUCUUGGAAAUAGGCUCUCUACUUUUGAGUAGGGAUAAAGUUUGUGUACUCAUCCUCCUCAGAACCUACAUUUUGUGGGAUUCUAGUCGGUGUGUUGUAGUUUAGUUUUUUUUAAUAAAGACUUAAGGUGACAAGGACAUCAAACACCAUCUUCUUAGAAACAGAAAACACCCCUUCCCAUUUACGGAGUAAAACCUAACUUGCUAGGGCAACUUGUUUUAGCCUCAUUUGUGGGAGAUGUGGUAAAGCAUAUUUUACUGAACUUCUCUACAAGUUGUCUUAUGCAUUUGGCUAGUUUUGCAGGUAAAGGUUCCUGCAUUCCGGUGGUCACACACCAUCUUUAGCUGCUUACUAUGGUGUUUCUAUACAGGUUGCAAUUCUUUCAUGCAGAACAAGUUCAGGAUGCAAUGGGUGGUGUUUGGUUGUGAAGAGUGAAGGGCUUUUAAAUUUAAUUUUAUGAAGUGCAGGUGCUUAAUUUUGGGAUAGUCAUCAUCAGCUACCCCAAAAGGUUUCUAUGCCUCCACUAGAUGAGAGGAAGAGCUACUUUUGUGGAAAGAACUUGAAACUCUGGUUUAUUACAGUUCUAAUUAUGUUUGUCGGAACUGAUCUGAAAUUCCUUUUUGAGUUUCACUGCUUGAGGUACAAUUGAGAUCAGAAAUGAUUUUAUUUCCUUAUGUGACUUGUUUUUUUCGUUGUCAAGAAGAGUUAUACGACUCUUGUGUUUCAGAGAUUGGACCUAUUUCC